AUGGCUUUCUUUCCCAUCUCAGUCUCGCUUCUGGGUCUCGUGGCUUCGGCUUCGGGGUUGACCUUCGAUAUUCCGACAUCCCCGCCUCCAAACUCGAGUGGGCAGCUCUCUGCAGCUCCCGUUGGUGUAUCCCUGGAGUUCUUUACAUUCCCUGAGUACAUUCAAGAUGUCAAAUCAACAAUGACAUGUCUAGAGAACCUGAAGGAUCUGACAGGGACAUGGCCCCCUAUGAGGAUCGGAGGCACGACCCAGGACCGGGCGACGUAUGAUAGCUCAUCGACCGAGGCUGUCACUUAUACAGUGGCCAGUCCAGGUGCUGCCCCCGAGACUUUGACUUACGGACCAUCCUUUAUUUCUUUGGCUGCAACCUAUGCUGGAGAGGUCAUUAUUGGGUUGAAUCGUCGUUUGGAUGAUAUAACCAACACAAUCUCGGCCGCGAUUCUCGCCCAGAGCAAAAUGAAGAACCUAUACUCCAUUGAACUGGGAAAUGAGCCCAAUUUUUUCGUCGAUAGCGAUCCUAUUGCCAAUGGUGCAUCCUGGACAGCUGCAGCAGAUGAAGCAUCCCAAGUCAGCUGGCAAGAUGCAGUGUGCGGAAAUCUCUCCGCAACUGAUAUCAUCUCAGCAGGUGUCUACUUCGGAACUUCACCCAUGAGCCUUGUUGGCCUUACCGCGAGAGAAGGAGAGGCGAAUGACUACGUGAAGGAUUAUUGCUCUCACAACUAUCCUCAGUCAUCUGGAUCCUACAACCUGGCCACUCUUAUGGGCCAUAGCGAUAUUGCCACUCAGAUCAAGCCUUAUGCUGCUGAGAUCUCUGCUGCUGCUGGAAAACGCAAGCCGCAUAUCUUCGGCGAGACCAACUCCGCGACCCAAGGCGGCGGCGGUAUCAGCCCAACCUUUGGUGCUGCUCUCUGGAUUUUGGACUAUGUGAUGCAGACCGUCCUAAUGGGCACAGAUGCCCUCUACUUCCACCAGGGCACAAUCGGGAACUGUAAGUUAUCCGGGAUUUCCUACCCAUCCCAUCACAAUCUAACUCUCAAGGCCAAUACUGUUGGUGGGGCCGCUACAAUAUUGGGUCCCCUUAUUACGGUGCUUACUUCGCCACCAUGGCGCUCGCGAACGCCGACCAGAUUGCGUCUCUGGAUAGCCAAGAUACAGCAUACGCAGCCUACGCCAUCUACAAGGCUGGCGCUCCUGUUCGGGUCCUUCUAUACAACUCCGACUACUAUAUCUCUACCAGCGGAAUGCGUUCGUCGCAGACAUACACACUGUCUCAGGCUUUCGUCCCCCAGCGUCACUGCUAAACGGUUGACUGCCCCGUACGCCACGUCUCGGGUCGAUCAGGGCCAGAAUCCGACCGUUGCAGGCCAGACAUUUGUCAAUGGCACUUGCACGAUUCAGGGUACAGAGAGCGUAGAGACAGUCCCUGUGUCUGGUGGGAAAGCAACAUUCACUGUUGCAGCUUCGGAAGCUCUUCUGGUUUACCUGUAA